AGGCAGAGCUUGCAGUGAGCUGAGAUUGCGCCACUGCACUCCAGCCUAGGUGACAGAGCGAGACUCCGUCUCAAAAAAAAAAGAAAGUGCACACAUCCUAGGUGUACAAGUCAUCACAAAGCACAGGCGUGGGGAGCUGCCACCCAGGAGAAACAGAACAUGGCCAGCCCUCUGGAAGUCUUCACUCCUGCUCCUAUCAACUCCUCCCGCCCCUUCUUCCGAGGCUUCCACUGGCCUAACUUCCCCCUUUUUUUUGAGACACGGGUCUUGCUCUGUCACCCCAGGUGGAGUACAGUAGCCCACUGUAGCUUUGAUUUCCCAGGCUCAAGCAGUCCUCCCACCGCAGCCUCUCAAGUAGCUGAAACUACAGGCAGACACCACCAUGUCUAGCUAAUUUUUUUUAAGUUAUUAGUAGAGAUGGGGUCUUGAUACAUUGUCCAGCUGGUCUCAAGCUCCCAGGCUCAAGUGAUCCUCCUGCCUUGGCCUCCCAAAAUGCUGGGAUGACAGGCCUGGCCCACUGUCCUCACUUCCAACACCACGGGCCCCUUUUGCCUGGUUUGAACUUAAUAUAAUUGCAGCUGUACCCUAGAAUCAUCAGGGGCGAUCUGAGUCCAUGUCAGUCUGUACUGUCACAUGGCCACAGACAAUCUCAUGGCUGGGACAGUCACAGUUUAUUCCCCCAGACCCUUGGGACUGAAAGAAUCCAAGAUCUAGAUCUCCUCUAUAGCGUCCAGAACCACAGCCCCCGUCCUGAAGCACAUGGGCCUUCACACGUGGUUCUGCACGAAGGGAAUUUUCUGUCCUGCUUCCUUGGACACAACAAUAAUAAGGAAACAGUCACUUUCAUCAGGGAGCAGUCAUCUUGACCUGUGAUGAGGGGGUGACCGGCUAUCCCUGGGCAGGGGAUGGGGAGGGUGGGUGGGGGCUGGCUGUGGGGGCUCCGUGCCUGGAUGUGAUGUUGAAAUUUUGUGUUGCUUUAACCGCCUUUACUUUCUGAGCUAGGGGCUGUCUCCAUCCAUAGCAAAAGUGUAACUUUGUUGUAGAUGGGCGUAAGCCUCACCCUGGAGAGCGCUAGUAAGUACAGACCAGGUGAACCAGACCCCAGCCUGGACCCCACCCUGUCGUGCCCAUCUCCCCAACCCCAGAGUUCCCUCCGUAGCAGGCACAGGGAGGGUGUGAGACAAGCUUGGGCCCAGCACAGAUCCUGGGGUGGGGGCUCGGGCUGGUCGAAAAAAAUCAGCCCCCUCUGGAUUGGGGGUCCUCAUGUGGGGGUCUCUCAGCCCUAUGGGGAGCUGGGAGCUUCCUAAACUUGUGUCCAAAUGACUAGUUUCCCAGGGGUGGGUCCAUUCCCAUCAAUCCUCAAAGGAGAGCCUGUCAUCCCAAGAUUUUAAAAGCCUGAGCUGUAGAUGACAAGACUUGGGAUGCUGGGCCACAGUUCCUCUCCCAGAGAGUGAGGGCUUGUCACAGACUGAGGGGUCAGAAACAAAGUAGGGAGAGACCUCUGCCCACAUUGGUGGGAAAAGCUGAGUUGACCUGAGCCUGACAUUCCCGAGCUGCUGGACUUGGGCGUUCACCAGUGUAUGUGACCUGCAAAGACUUCACAACACUACCCAGGUGGCAUUGAGUAUCCAACCUGGGAAGGGAUAGCUCCACGUCACAUCGGUUCUAUUCACACAGCCCUCUUAGUCCCAGUGUUGGGCCUGCAGGAGGAACAGAGAGAUCCCCCCAGAGACCACAGAACAUUGAAGGGAAAGCAGCAAACCUCACAUCAAGGUGCGGCUUCAGGUCCAGAGCAUGGAGAAGCCUCAGUACCGUGGGACGUUGCACUGCUUCAAGUCCAUCAUCAAGCAAGAGAGUGUGCUGGGUCUGUACAAGGGCCUGGGCUCGCCGCUCAUGGGGCUCACCUUCAUCAACGCGCUGGUGUUCGGGGUACAGGGCAACACCCUCCGGGCCCUGGGCCACGACUCGCCUCUCAACCAGUUCCUGGCAGGCGCGGCGGCGGGCGCCAUCCAGUGCGUCAUCUGCUGCCCCAUGGAGCUGGCCAAGACGCGGCUGCAGCUGCAGGACGCGGGCCCGGCACGCACCUACAAGGGCUCGCUGGACUGCCUCGUGCAGAUCUACGGGCACGAGGGUCUGCGUGGCGUCAACCGGGGCAUGGUGUCCACGCUGCUGCGAGAGACGCCCAGCUUCGGCGUCUACUUCCUAACCUACGACGCGCUCACACGGGCGCUGGGCUGCGAGCCGGGCGACCGCCUGCUGGUGCCCAAGCUGCUGCUGGCAGGUGGCACGUCGGGUAUCAUGUCCUGGCUCUCCACCUACCCUGUGGACGUGGUCAAGUCACGGCUGCAGGCCGACGGGCUGCGGGGAGCCCCGCGCUACUGCGGCAUCCUGGACUGCGUGCGCCAGAGCUACCGCGCUGAGGGCUGGCGCGUCUUCACACGGGGACUGGCGUCCACGCUGCUGCGCGCCUUCCCCGUCAACGCCGCCACCUUCGCCACGGUCACCGUGGUGCUCACCUACGCGCGUCGCGAAGAGGCCGGGCCCGAGGGCGAGGCUGUGCCCGCCGCCUCCGCCGCCCCUGCGGGGCCCGCUCUGGCGCAGCCCUCCAGCCUGUGACACUCACCCCGCCCUCCUUCCCCAGGGCCCCUUCUCAGAAACCUGAGACAUAAAUUGGCCCCUGAGUCGAUUGCCGUGCUCCUGCUCGGAUGCCGGGGGCUGUGGACUCUCUCAGACCUGGGCUGAAUUUUGCUGAUCAGCCGGGUGGCUUUGGCCGAGAACUUCACUUGCCUCAGUAUUCUCAUCUGUGAAAUAAGGACCCUCAUACCCACAUUGUAGAGUCACGAAGGUCAGAGAUUAUUCUGAGUGGCAGCCAGCACCUGGCCUGGCUGAGGACAUUGCACCAUUCAUUAUCCUGGAAAUUGAGGCAGACACUCCAGCCCCUUUCUGGGAUCCUGGCCACGCCACUGUGCUCCUGCCCUGCAGGCUGGCUCCCACGGGUCUCUGAUGGCCCACCAAGGGGCUGCCCAGGGACCUGACUCCAUAUAUCCUCCACCCGGGAGGCUGGUGGGCCACCUCUGGUCUGUGUUAGGGACAGAGGAAAACUUGGUGUGCCUCCUGGUGUCGCAGAACUGGAUCCUCUGCAUACCCCAGCUUCUCCACAUGCCACUGCUAGGGGUACCCCAGCUGCUGCCACUCCUGCUGGAGGGUGAACUGGGGACCCUCCACCCUCCGGGAAGCCAUGGAGUCUGCUGGAGGCACCAUAUCAGCGAACGGGACUAGCGUGGGGAGCAGACAGACCAGUGGGUGGAGGUCUCAACAGUUCAAGUGUGAUGCAGCUGUGGCAAGAAGAAAUCCUUCCACCUCUGGGCCUCAGGCUGCCUGUCCAUAAAAUGGGGACAUGGCCAGCUGAUGGACAACUGAGUCUCUGGUCCACCCAUCCCCGCCAGCCAGGAUCCCCCAAGGUGUGCAGAGGGCUCAGCAGAGAACAAUAUGGGAUCCCCCUCACCAGGGCUGGAACACCUCCAGCCACAAAGAAGCCAAAGGUCAGUUCCUCUUGCUCCCCAGCAAACGGUGCCUCCUAGGCAUUCUCAGAGCCAGGGCUUCAUCCCUGUGAAGGCACAGGGUCUGAUAGUGGGCACAGGGGUGGCUAGUUGGGGCCUGGGGCAGGAGAAGGCCGUCCCAGGCAUCCUGGGGAAUGUGCUUGAUGAAGAUGACACUGGGCUUUGCACAGCCUGGUGUCACUGCACAGAAACUGUCAAGGGAAUAAAGUUUUCUUUGUUUUUUAA